AUGAUGCCCCCUCGGCCGCUCGCCCCUGCUGCUCCCCAGGGGGUUUACUUGCACGGGAGUGUGGGUUCUGGGAAGACCAUGCUCAUGGAUAUGCUGUUUGGAGCGGUGCAGAGGGGUGCAGUGGUUGGCGUGGCGAAGCGAGUGCAUUUUAAUGAGGCUAUGCUGGAAGUGCAUCAGCGGAUGCAUAGGUAUUGGCGGGGGAAGGAGGAGGUGAAAGAGAGGAGGAGGGAGCGGGAGAGGGCGAGGCGGGAGAGGGGUGCAGGAGUGGUGGGGAUCGGUGGGGUGGGGUUGCAGAGAGGGGAGACAAGGUGGGAUGAGGAGGACGAGGAGGAAGAAGAGGAGGAGGGCGAGGAUGCGAUUCUAGAUGCUGUUGCUGAUGAGUUUCUGGGCAGGUGGGGAGGUGAGGGUAUGGAGGAGCAGCAGCAGGAUGGGGAGGAGGACGGAGCAGCAGUGUCGAGAGCAGCAGCAGCAGCAGAGCAGGGAGCAGCAGCAGCACAAGGAGCAGCAGCAGCAGCAGUGCAGGGAGAAACAGUCCAGGGAGCGGCAGUGCUGUGUUUCGACGAGGUGCAGGUGGUAGACGUGUUCACAGCCGUGGCUCUAGGCCGCCUGCUGCACCGCGUGCUGCUCAGAGGGCUGGUCCUCGUCGCCACCAGCAACAAGGCGCCCUGGGAGCUCAACCAGGACGGGCUGCAGAGGGAGCUGUUCCAGUCGUUUGUGAGCACUGUGGAAGGGUCCUGCCACGUGCUGGGCCUCUCCUCGCCCACUGACUACCGCUGCCUGCACUCCGCUCCCCCUCCCCCCGCCCACAACCUACCAGAGCCACCACCAGGCGCCAUUUCAACCCCAACCCUCACCCUCCUCACUCCCCACUCCUCUCCUCCUCCUCAUCCACCUCCUCCUCCUCAUCCUUCCACCAGCACCUCACCCCAUCCGUCCCAUCAACCUGCCUCCCCAACGCCCCUAGAUCCCACCUUCCCUGGUUACUCCUACUUCUGGCCUCUUGGCCCUCACUCAGAGAGUCUCUUUGAGGACAGGUGGCGCGAUGCCGUUGGUCGAGAGCUGCAGUUGCAUGGAGAAAGGAGGGGGAGAGGAGGCAGGGGGACGGACGGAUACGUGGAAGGCCAAGGCAGAGGCAGUGUGGAAGUGGAGAGUGGAGGAGGAGGGAUGGAAGGCCAGGGGGAAGACAUUCCUGUCAUGUUUGGACGAUCCCUGCGUGUCCCUGUCUCCGUGCAUGGAGUAGCACGCUUCUCCUUUUCUGAAUUGUGUGCCAACACGCUGGGCCCACCAGACUACCUCGCCCUUGCUCUCCGCUACCACACGCUCUUCCUCUCCAGUAUCCCCGUGCUCUCGCGCUCAGUGCACGACCAGGCGCGCCGCUUCCUCACGCUUACAGACGAGCUCUACAACCACCGCUGCCUGCUCGUCUGCUCUGCCGCUGCUGCUCCGAACAGGCUGUUCAAGGGGCUGCGGGGGAGAGUGGGGAGUGGGGGGGUGGGGAGGGCUUGGGGUGGUGGAGAGGGGGAUGGGGGAGGAGGAGAGGGGUGGGUUGUUGAGGAGGAGGAGGAGGAGGAGGAGGAGAAGGAGGAGGGAGGGAUUGUGCCGAGGAUUGAUCUUGAGAGCCUGCAAUUCGAGUCGGAGGUGGGGGGCAGUCGCCUAAGAAGGGACGUGCUGGCAGAGGGGGGUCGCUCAGCCCUCACCUCCUUGUCCACACUCCCCGUGCGCCAGCUUUCCGGGCGAGAGGAGGAGUUUGCGUUCCACCGAGCAGUAAGUGCACGCGCUUCUUCCUCCUUCCGCCUUCCUCUGUCUCUGCCCUCACCUCGUCCGCUGCUCUCCCAACACCAGCUUUCCGGGCGAGAAGAGGAGUUAGCAUUCCACCGAGCGCUCUCCGGACGGGAGGAGGGAUACGCCUUCCACCGAGAAACAAUUGCACGCCCUUCUCCCUCCCUCCUUUCCUUCCUCUUUCUCCUCGCUCCCUCCUCUUCCUCCUCGCUCCCUCCCCUUUCUCCUCGCUCCCUCCCCUUUCUCCUCGCUACCUCCUCUUUCUCCUCGCUCCCUCCCCUUUCUCCUCGCUCUUUCCUCUUUCUCCUCGCUCCCUCCCCUUUCUCCUCGCUCCCUCCCCUUUCUCCUCGCUCCCUCCUCUUUCUCCUCGCUCCCUCCCCUUUCUCCUCGCUCUUUCCUCUUUCUCCUCGCUCCCUCCCCUUUCUCCUCGCUCUUUCCUCUUUCUCCUCGCUCCCUCCUCUUUCUCCUCGCUCCCUCCUCUUUCUCCUCGCUCCCUCCUCUUUCUCCUCGUUCCCUCCUCUUUCUCCUCGUUCCCUCCUCUUUCUCCUCGUUCCCUCCUCUUUCUCCUCGCUCCCUCCCCUUUCUCCUCGCUCCCUCCCCUUUCUCCUCGCUCCCUCCCCUUUCUCCUCGCUCCUUCCGGCUCCCUGGGCGAUGGAAGAGGAGUUUGCGAUUGAACGAGCGGUAUAG